AACUUGCUCUACAUCCCGCAGUUCCUCCAUCGCCGCCCUGAAGCGCUUAAGCCUCUUUCCACGUCAGUUAUGGUCAAGCAACACCUCGCCAAGGGCAUCGGCCGCAUGUCCGACAUGAUCAUGACCAAGGGCAAGGGCUCGUGGAUCUGGACGUCCGACAACCGCAAGCUGUUGGACUUCACAAGUGGCAUCGCCGUGACCAGCGUGGGUCACUCGCACCCGAAGGUGGUGGCGGCCGUGCAGAAGCAGGCUGCCACAUUAGUGCACGCUCAAGUGAACAUCGGUUAUCACCAGCCUAUGCUGGACUUGACGAACAAACUGCUGCCGGUGCUGCCUAAGAGUCUGGACUCGCUCUUCUUCGCUUGCAGUGGCUCGGAGGCUGUCGAGAACGCCGUUAAACUGGCACGUCACGCCACUGGAAAGAGCAAGGUAAUUGCGUUCCAAGGCGGCUACCACGGACGCACGGUGGGCACAAUGAGCCUAACGUCAAGCAAGACGAUCUACAGCGCUGGCUUUGGCCCGUUGAUGCCUGGUGUAUCGUUCGUGCCGUACCCGUACGCACUGCACGGCCCAAUCCACGACGAAGAGAAGAACGCUGAGUGGUGCUUGGACCAGCUUCACCUUGCACUCAAGCAGCAGUCGGCUCCUCGUGACACAGCUGCAAUAAUUAUCGAGUCGGUAUUGGGUGAGGGUGGCUACGUUGUGCCGCCCAAAAGCUUCAUGAAGGGUCUGCGUGAGAUCGCUUCAGACAACGAUAUCCUGCUGAUUGCGGACGAGGUUCAGUCUGGCUUCGGCCGCACGGGAGAAUACUUUGCGAUCGAUAGCCACUUCGACGUGCAGCCGGACAUCCUGGCGUUCGCCAAGGGUAUUGCAGAUGGGUACCCGAUCAGUGGUAUUGCCAGUCGUAAGGAGCUGACGGACACACAACCUCCCGGGUCGAUGGGCGGCACUUACGCUGGCAACGCCGUCGCUUGUGCUGCUGCCAUUGCCACUCAAGAAGUCAUUGCCGAAGAGAAUCUGCUGGAGAACACACGCACUCGUGGCGCGCAGCUACAGGCUGGACUUAACAAGCUGAAGGCGUCGGGCAAGUAUCCGAUCCUGGACGUACGUGGCUUGGGUCUGAUGAUCGGCGUUGAGUUCGACCUCGCUAAGGCUCCGCAGGGCACAGCUAACAAGAUCUCGGCAGCGUGUCUGGACCACGGCAUGAUGCUGUUGACCACGAGCAUCUUUGAGACGCUGCGUUUCAUGCCUGCUCUUACCGUCUCGGAGGACGAAUGUGCACUUGCUCUCGAGAUCUUCGAAAAGGCUUUGGACGACGUCUUCGCUAAGUAGGCGUAUUAGGAUUGCAUCGACUUUCUUAGUAAUUCGAUGAAUUUAACGUUUUUUUUUACUUGUAACAUUGCACUGCUCUAUGCAAAAAAAAAUCUAUUGAGGAGGGC